GCUCCUCGAACAGAACACCUAGUAGUUUCACUUCUCCUCCAUACGUCGGCUUGGUCGUUUGUUGUCUUACUCCUCCUUUCGUAUUUUUCUGCUCGCGCGGUUAUACACUCACACGCCGUUCCUUUCACUCACCUGGGAGUCGCACAUACGCACCCCAUCCUUUGCAUCCAACAGCCACUGCUGCGGCGCUAGAGCCCGAUUGUUUUUCGCAUUUUUGUUUUCUUCUUUCCAUACCGAGUUCACCUGACUGCCUUUUCAAUUACUUGCUACUUCCAACCCCAUCCUACUCGCAAAACAACGCCAAACGCUGCACGAUGCCACCAAAAGCCAAGAACGCGAGUAAGCACAAUGGCCAUGUGAACAACAAGACUAAAGGCAAAUCGAAGAAGCAGGUGGAGGAGGAUGACUUCGAGAAGUUCCUCUCCACGCUGGCGAAGAGUACCGAACAUGUGGGUAAGGAGCGGACGGAGAAGGAGGCGCGUGAGGCGAAGCUCCGUGAUGAGCACCGCAAGAAGCACGCCGACCUCACGGAUCAGCGCAAGAGUAAUGAUGUGGAGAAAGCGCUGCUGAACCGGCAGAAGAAUAUGCAGCUGCAGCGGCUGCUCUCCGAGCUCCUCGCGGCGCAGCGCCCCUUCAACACCACGCCCGUGACGGACUUCCAUAGCGAGACAAUCACCAGCAAUCCGCAUUUCGACGUCGCCGUCGGCGAGAUGCAGGGCUGGCGUGCGCAGAUGGAAGACGCCCACUUAAUCAACGUGGCGUUCCCUGGGGGCGAUGAACAGGGUAGGGAGGGUCUCUUCGGUGUCUUCGACGGCCACUCCGGUGCCCAGUGCGCGAAGCUGGCGGGCGACUUCUUCACCACGGCGCUCGCGAAGCACGCCAGCGCGGACGGCGACGACCACCACAACAUCAACUACGAGGCCGCCUUUCUCGAAGUAGACGAGCAGCUGCGGACGGCGCUGGGCGAGGGCGGCUCCGGCUGCACCGCCGUGUUGGUGUACGUCUCUCCGCAGGAAAUCACCUGCGCCUGGGUCGGUGACUCCCGCGCUGUGCUGUGCCGCGACAUCGCCUCCUUCGACCUCUCGUACGACCACAAGCCGGACGUGGAGGUGGAGAAGACCCGCGUCGAGGACGCUGGCGGCUUCGUGCGAGACAACCGCGUCAACGGCCAGCUCGCCAUGAGCCGUGCCAUGGGCGACUUUGUGUAUAAGAAGGACGCGACGCGGGACGUAAAGCAGCAGCUCGUAGUGGCAGUGCCGGGCGUCAUCACGACGAAGCGCGGCGGCGGGGACUCGUACGUGGUGAUCGCCUGUGACGGCAUCUUCGAUGUGCUGAGCAACGACGAACUUAUCAGCUUCAUCAAUGGCAAGAAGGCGGACGGGAUGGAGAACGUGGACAUCUGCAAGGCGGUGUGUGACCGGUGCCUCGCCGGUGCGGCGCCGGAGGGUGGGCCGGCGACGGCGGAAGGCACCGAUAACAUGACCCUCAUGAUCGUGGACUUCAAGUAG